UUCUUGUUAUGUUUGUUCGGCGUCUUACGAAACGUUUAUGUGAAACUUUUGGUAUUUUUGACAAUGGCUGACCGACCCUUCUACUUGCUGAAAGACCCGUUUCUGAAUCCUGCAGCAAGUUACCGUUUUUUGAUGACUUUCGUCUUCUUCAUAAUCCAGCCAUCACUGAGGAUGUCGGAACUCAGCGAUGAAGCCAGUGAAUCGGAGCAGCUAGCCUCGAGUCUGUCUGUGUGGUUCGGCAGCGCCUCGAUCUGCCGUGGGGAGCUGGACGUGCCCCUGGACCUCCACACCGCGUGUUCCAUCGGACAGUAUGACGUCGUAGCGCAGUGCAUUCGGAGAGGGGAUGUGGAUAUGAAUGGGAAGAACCUCGGGGGAUGGACUCCACUCAUGUAUGCAGCAUACAUUGGUCAUGACAACAUUGUUAACCUGCUCCUGGAGUCCAGCGUUUGUGUUAAUACUAGCACUGGUAAAGGGUUAACUCCACUAAUGCUAGCUGCUACCUGUGGCAAUGAGAGCAUUGCUUACUUCCUCCUACAGCAAGGGGCGGAGCUUGAGUGCAAGGAUGAACGUGGUUGGACAGCUCUUCUGCACAGCACAAGCACUGGACAUCAACAGAUGGUCCGAUUUCUCCUUGACAACAAUGCAAAUGCUAACAUCAAGGAGCCCGUUUUAGGGUUCACCCCAUUGAUGGAAGCUGCAGCCUCAGGCCAUGAGAUCAUCGUCCAAUAUCUGCUUGACAACGGUGCACAAGUUGAGGAGAGAAACUUUAAGGGCGACACUGCCAGGGCAUUGGCCAUGAUGUAUGGCCACACCAAGAUCGCAGGCCUUAUAGACAUGCACUCUCUAAGAGUGAAGUCAGGCGCAUCUGCAAGCACGUAUGACGAGCUGAGUUCGUCAGAGGAGGACAGCGCGGCUCCCAGACCCAGGUGUGUCCGCGGCAGGGCCCGGGGCCCAAGCAUUCACGACGGGCCGCAGGCCAUAGCCCGCUUCCGGGUGACGCCCAAACACGACUUUCCUCUGGCACUGCCCGGCUACGUGACAUUUCGUGAUGUUGGCGACCAGAGCGAGGGCAUCUGCAACCGUGAUGUCACUUCCCCCAUUAAUGAACUGGAUGGUCAAAGCAACAGCAGUCGAGAUGAUCUGUUCUUCGAAAAUGACAUGCCCACCAUGAGGAGUAGCAGCAGUAGUAGUGAGGGCUUGCCCUGCAUCCUCGGCCUCAGCAGGGAGGCGUCGCUAGAGAGCAAUGAGGACUCUGACCAAGCCAAGAGGAGUUGCUCCCGGCGACCCAAUAAACUCCAUCACUCCAAGAUCAAGAGUCGCCAUAGCAACAGCAACUUUACUCCUCCCAACAGCGCUGGGAAUUGUGGGAUACCCCCUCCCACUGUACUCUCUUCCUACACAGGCCCAAAGGACCUGGCAGAGUUCUUGGAGCAGAUAGGCUUUAGUAAGUACCUCCCCCUGCUGGAGGAGCAGGAUAUUGACCUGAGAAUCUUCCUGACACUGACUGAGAACGACCUCAAAGAAGUGGGCAUCACUUUGUUCGGUCCCAAAAGAAAGAUGACAUCAGCGAUAGCUCGUUGGCAUAGUAAUGCCCGGCCACCCAGUGACGCCCUAGAACAGGCAUAUGCCGACAAGCUGGAGGCUGAGAUGCAGGAAAUGGCCAUUCAGCUUCAUAAGCGCUGCGUAGAGGUAGAGACCCUGCAGGGCCAGGUCUCUCAGGAGAAGGAGCUGCGUACUGUGAUGGAGGGAUGUCUGAUGGAGGAGAAGAUGACGUGGAGGAGCGUGCAGGUUCAGAUGCGACACAGCCUCGAACGCCUCCAGGCGCUGGACACCACGCUCCAGGCACUCCAACACGUGCGCGUGCAGCUAGCAUGCCGCAUCCACGGCGAUGGCCGUGCUACCCAAGAGGAGGAUAAUUUGACAUGCUUCAAGAUGCUCUCAAAGAUGGAGUCUUGUGAGGAGAAACUAGCCAAAAGUCUGAAAGAAUUGUGCCAGAGUCUACAGCAUCUCUGCACACAAGAGAAGAGCUCUAACACCUGGGAGGAAGAGAACUAGCAGCAACUAUAUGCAAGAGCUUCAGAAUUUUAACAGAGGGUGAUUGCACCACCCUGAACACACUUGAAUACACAGAGAAUUGCCUAAACUUGUCAGAGAGAGACAGGGAGAGAGAGAGGUGCUGUUGGUCUGAAUAGUUAUAUGAUUCAGAAAGAUGGAUGGAGAGAAGGACAAAGGAGUAAACAAAGGAAAAAGGUAUAAACAAAUGGAAGCAGGACAAUGAGCAGUAAAACAGAUGGAGAGGUGAAUCCUCUCUGUUCACACAGGACUUACCCCCACUGCAUUGUGGGAGUGCAGGUCUAACCUAAUUAAAGACAAUCUGUUUUUUUUUUUUUUUUUUUUUUUUUGUUUUUUUUUUUUUAAGCAGGGUCCGAGGGUGAAUAGAUGCAUGUGUCAUUGUCUUCAAACACGCAACUACCAAUGUUGUACAACAAAUCAGACCUCUAGAAUGAGUUUAAACUGCCUUGUAAAUACACCCUGUCAAAAAGUAUAUUUAAUGUGUAGUCCUGGGAUACCCAGACUGGACCAAACUAAUGUUCUUCCUCCACUGGUACUGAGCUGCAGAUGACCCAGUAUUACCUGGUUGCCAGUUUGCAACCUUUGCAACCUUACUGUCAACGGCUGUUAUGUUUGUCGGUCGUUGUUCAUCCGUGGGACAUACCCGACUUUCUCAGAGUUGACCCAGGUGGGGCUGGGCCACAUCACAAUCGCCCAGCCUGCAUGGGAUCUAAAUAUCUACAGCGCAUCAGGACAUAGGAGCUGAAAUUAAAUCAUCAUAUUGUUGUUAAGAAGUUUUAAAAAAAAAAAUUUAAUUCAGCUAGUGGGGAUGCUCUUUUUAAACAUUGCCCAUAUGGUCAGCCCAAACAGGGCUUAAGCUUAUUAAGAUUAAGCUUCUCAUUUAACAAAACUGUAGAAUUGUUGUAAAACCUAUUGAUUUGAAUUUUUUUUUACAAUUUAUUGUUUAAUAACCAGGAUUCCAGAUUCAGUAUUAAACUGAAAAUUAAACUAAGGUACACAAAUUCAGGUAAAUCAUUUCAUGACAUGACUCCCUUGUAUAUAGAUCAAAUAAAGAGAUUUGUGUCUUCUA